UUUUCUGGCCUGCUUGCCAGUGCGACGAUGGCGGUGUCCUGUGAAUUCAAGCAGCUGAGCAACUGAGCAGCUCCUGAAAUAUGCAGACAGAUGAGCCGGCAACAACCAUCACCCACGACAGCAACAAUGGCAAUGCGAUGAUGGCAAACUGUUAUUAUGCAAACAAAUUACAUGGCGGAUAUUUCACUGUGGGAAAAUAAACGUCUCGAAU